AUGGAGAAGGGAGAAGAGAGACCGCGGAAGGUGGAAGAGAGGAGGGGAGAGAGGGGAGAUGAGAGACCGCGGAAGGUGGAAGAGAGGAGGGGAGAGGGCGGAAGGAGAAGAGAGGAGGGAAGAGGGGAGAUGAGAGACCGCGGAAGGUGGAAGAGAGGAGAGGAGAGAGGGCGGAAGGGUGGAAGAGAGGGAAGUAAGGGGAGAGGGCGGAAGGGGAAGAGAGGAGAUAGAGAGGGGAGAAGAGAGACCGCGGAAGGUGGAAGAGAGGAGGGGAGAGAGGAGAGAGGGCGGAAGGGGGAGAGAGGAGAUAGAGAGGGGAGAAGAGAGACCGCGGAAGGUGGAAGAGAGGAGGGGAGAGGGCGGAAGGGGAAGAGAGGAGAUAUAGAGAGGGGAGAUGAGAGACCGCGGAAGGUGGAAGAGAGGAGGGGAGAGAGGGGAGAGGGCGGAAGGGGAAGAGAGGAGAUAGAGAGGGGAGAAGAGAGACCGCGGAAGGUGGAAGAGAGGAGGGAAGAGAGGGGAGAGGGCGGAAUGGGAAGAGAGGAGAUAGAGAGGGGAGAAGAGAGACCGCGGAAGGUGGAAGAGAGGAGGGGAGAGAGGAGAGAGGGCGGAAGGGGGAGAGAGAAGAUAGAGAGGGGAGAUGAGAGACCGCGGAAGGUAGAAGAGAGGAGGGGAGAUGGCGGAGGGGGAAGAGAGGAGAUAGAGAGGGGAGAUGAGAGACCGUGGAAAGUGGAAGAGAGGAGGGGAGAGAGGGGAGAUGAGAGACCGUGGAAGGUGGAAGAGAGGAGGGGAGAGAGGGGAGAUGAGAGACCGUGGAAGGUGGAAGAGAGGAGGGGAGAGAGGAGAGAGGGCGGAAAGGGAAGAGAGGAGGGAGAGGGGAAGGAGGGAUAG